CUCUCUCUCAAAAUCUCACUCAAAUUGGUAAAAAAAAUCUCUCCUUCAAAAAUUCCAAACAAAUAGAAAUGGAAAGCAACAUACCAAUAAUAGCAAAGAGAGUGUGGAAGAUAAUACGUGUGGCCUUCUUCAUGUUGAGAAAAGGCAUAUCAAAAGGGAAGCUAAUGAUGGAACUCAACAUCAUCCUCAAACGCCGCAGCAAGCUCGCCGGCAAGGCCAUCGCCGACCUCAUGUUCCACCACCACCACCACCACCACCACGGUGCCUCCUCCUCCAACGACGACACGCGCCUCCAAUUCUCAGCCACAAGGGAGUACGAGUUCAGUUGCAGCAACACACCCACCAACUUCUUCAACAUCGGCGGCAACAACAACAAGCGUCACCGCCACAACCCCUUCUUCACAUGUGCUCAUGCGCCACCCACACAUGACGACGACUUGAUGACCGUUAACGCCGUUAAGGCGGUGUUGGAGAAGCUAAACAAUAAUGACGCCAUAGUGGAGGCCUCGCCGGCUCUCCCCGGGUUCGGGCGGAGCCCCGCCGUGAGGCAGUUGAGGGUGACUGACUCGCCGUUCCCACUGCGAGAAACGGAAGAAGAGAGGGACAACCAAGUUGACAAGGCUGCUGAAGAGUUCAUCAAAAGGUUCUAUAAAGAGUUGAAGAAGCAGGCUUGACUUCAGUUCCCUUUGUUGACAAAUAAUGUUAAUCGUGCAUGA